CACCAACCAAACAGAUCACUGCGUCUCUGACAAAGGCGUCCAAUCGACCUUUACAAAGAAGAUGCCUUGAGAGGCUAUAUAGGACCCCAAUAUUUCCCAUGCACUUUAGACAUUUCAAGUCCCGAAAAUUAAUUCUUAACCAUGAAGCCAACUCCUCCUACUCCUGGCCAGCAGCCUACUCCUACUAAGCCAAAGCGUAAACCUCUGAACCCUCAAGCUCUGGUUUCUAAGUUCUGGUCAAAGUAUCAUUCCAAGGCACCGGGAAAAGUCACUUCCAUCUUUCCUCAGAGCCUGUAUGAGUCACUUCUCACAGACGCCGACUCGUCUUAUCCCAAGUCUCGCAAUGCAGCGCAGAGCUAUGAAGAUGCUGCCAAAGAAUGCCGUGCUCGAGUUAGAGCGAUAGUUCGUGAAUGUGAACGAACCAAUGCCAAAUUCAGCGACCCAGACUUUGACAUUGAGACCGACUUUUCGUCUUACCAAGAUAAUUGUCUCAAUGGUUUAAUGGGGAGACGGUUUGAGGAGGACAGCAGUGAUGACGAACCAGCGUCGUCCGAGAGCGGACCUAAUAUUCAGCGAAUGAAGAAAUAUCGCAACACACGGAAGAAGGACGACGAGCUGGAGGACGACAAACCUGACACCAACAAGAACAACCUGCAAAGACGCAUGUUCAACGGCAGGGACUAUGGUUCUCGAUACUCCAGACCAGGCUCAGUCCAUCGCAUUCCAUGGAUCUUCGAAAACCCUCAGUUCACAGUCAGCGGCUUCUCCAGUACAGACAUCAAACAAGGUGCUGGUGGCGACUGUUGGUGGCUGGCUGCUCUCGCAACUAUCGCUCAUCGCAAAGAUUUAAUGAAGAAGAUCUGUGUCGCAAAAGAUGAAGAAUGCGGCGUCUACGGCUUCGUCUUCAACCGCGACGGAGAGUGGAUUUCGACUGUUGUUGACGAUAACCUUUACUUGAAGCACAAAGACUUCGGAGAAGAUACUGAAGUCUAUGAUGCAACGGGCAAGAAAGCUCGGCUUUACAAGACGCAGAAGCAAACUGGCUCUGAGUCCUUGUACUUUGCCAAGUGUGAGGACCCUAACGAGACCUGGCUACCCUUGCUUGAGAAAGCUUUUGCAAAGGUUCAUGGUGACUAUCAUGCUUUGGAUGGUGGGUGGUCUGGCACUGCAGUCGAAGAUCUCACAGGCGGCGUCAAUACUGUGGUCGCUGGUAAUAGAGUCCUUCGCAAGGAGAGACUGUGGCGUGAGAUGUUGGGAUCCGACGGUGAAGAUGGAGAAUUCGUCUUUGGUUUGUCUGCCGGCGGUCCAGGAGAGGACCAUAACAACGGAAUUGUGUUACGACAUGCAUACUCGAUUCUCAAGGUGGCCGAAGUUGAAGACGAAGAUGGCAACAAAGUCCGCUUGGUCAAAAUUCGAAACCCCUGGGGACAGAAAUCUGAAGAUGGCCAUGGCGAGUGGCAUGGUCCAUGGUCAGAUGGCUCCAAGCAAUGGACCCCUCAUAUGAUUCGAAAGCUUCAGCAUCAGUUUGGCGACGACGGAAUUUUCUGGAUGUCUUUCAGCGACAUGCUCGAUAACUUCAAGUGGAUGUACAGAACUCGUCUUUUUGACGAGCGAUGGACGGUAGCUCAACAAUGGACAAGUGUUAGCAUCUCUUGGCUUACCGGCUACCUUAAGAAGAAGUUUAUCAUCGAGGUCAAAGAAGAAGGCAUGGUGGUUAUUGUGCUCUCACAGCUUGAUGAACGUUACUUCAAAGACUUGAAGGGGCAGUACGAAUUUGUUCUGCACUUUUUGCUUAAGACAGCUGACGAUAACACACCCAUCUGCUCGGUGCGUCCGGCUCAUAAGUGGGAUCGACGUUCGAUCAACUGUGAGGUCGAACUCGAGCCAGGUACAUAUGAAGUUAUCCCCAAAAUCACGGCCGAGAGAUAUUAUUGGCUUCCGACUGUCCAGAAGAUGGUCAAGAUGGGAGCCGACAGUAAUCCGCAAAAAUUACGCCAGAUCGGUCUGCAAUAUGAUCUCGCACAUGCCAAAGGCGGAAUCGUUGAUGAAGAUGAGGCCCUCCGCAAGAAGAAAGAACUCGAGAAGAAGAAGAAACUCAAGGGCAAGAAACAAGAAAAGAAGAAGAAACAGAUGGCAGAAGCUAUGGCCAGUAUGGAGGCAGCGAUGGUGCAGAUGAGGAACGAGUAUAAUCGGUCUCUCAAUGAGAAGGACACUGAAAAGGAGAAGUCCAAGAAAGAGAAAGAAAAGGAAAAAGAGGAGCCUACAUCAAAGGAGGAGGAUGAGGAAGAGCCUAGCAGGAAAGAGGAUGAUACUGGUGCCAAACCAGAUAAGGCGCCGCCUGGAUUUUGGCCAGAAGAUUCUUCCAAGAGUGACUUGCAAGUCUCGACUCUUAGUGAAACAGCAACCGAGCCAAAAGGGGACCCGUCUUCAGUUGAUACGGGCCAAGAAACCGAGAACAAGAGAAGAGGAUCUGCAGACUCAAGUGAUCUUACCACCAAAUAUUCAUCUGCCGACCGCAGAGGCCCUCCAUCUCUCGCAAACUCACCAAUACCAUCACGAGAUCACAGUCUCCAACACAGCAGAAGAACAACCAUGCAAAGCAUAGACACAAACCCCGUCUUCACGCCUCCCACAGAACCAACCUCCGAAUCGGACUUCGACAGCUCAGACUCGGCGUCCGUGUCCUCAUCAGAGCCAGACGAUAGUUCCUCAAGCUCAGACGACGAUAUGCUACCCACGUCGCUGUUUCCCCGACUCAAGCAGAAGAAGAAACAGCCGUGGAAUGCCGUGUGCGUGAUUGGCCUCCGCGUCUACGCUCAGCACGCGGGCAUCAAGGUCCGUCUCGCUGAUCAGAGGGGCGAUGAGGCCACCGAGCUCGUGCCUCCAAAGGGGAGCCCUGCUAGUUUCGUGAGCUAGAAAAGGAAUAUGCCGCCUGAUAUACCGUUAUUGCCAAGAAUGUCUAACGUUGCGAGUCGUGAGACGUGGUGUUUGUGUUGAUGACGGAGGUUUAUAUGUGUAUUCCACGAAUAGGAGAAUCAUUCGUACCAAAGCAACAAAUAGGAUUUAACAGCACUCUUCUCAGUCAUGUUUUUAGCAUAGCGGUUUUACUUGUCAUAUAUCAGAAAGAAUGAUUACUUUGACUUCUUUUUUUCUCUCCUCGC